AGUUUUAAACGCGCAGCCGAGGGCCGCGCGCACGAUUGGGGAGGGCCUAGGGCGGUGGAGCAGACUGGGUGCGGGUGAGGCGCACGCGGUCCGCGCCGGCGUCACUCUGGGAUUGGCCGGCCCGCGGCUUCCUCCGCCCCCUGCUAAUCGCCGGGGCCGACUUCCCGUGGGUUUUUCCGGCUCUCACGCGUCGCUAAGGAGCGACGGGCGGUCGGCCAGUCCCCGAGUUCUCGGUGCGGUCAGCGGCCGCCGACGCGAGGAGGCCGCGCUCCGCCCUCGCUACCAUGAGGCCCCGGAAAGCCUGCCUGCUCCUGCUGCUCCUGGGGCUGGCGCAGCUGCUGGCCGUGGCGGGUGCCGAGGGCCCGGACGAAGAUUCUUCUAACAGAGAAAAUGCCAUUGAGGAUGAAGAGGAGGAGGAGGAGGAGGAAGAUGAUGAGGAAGAAGACGACUUGGAAGUUAAGGAAGAAAAUGGUGUUUUGGUCCUAAGUGAUGCAAACUUUGAUAAUUUUGUGGCUGACAAAGACACAGUGCUGCUGGAGUUUUAUGCUCCAUGGUGUGGACAUUGCAAGCAGUUUGCUCCGGAAUAUGAAAAAAUUGCCAACAUAUUAAAGGAUAAUGAUCCUCCCAUUCCCGUUGCCAAGAUCGAUGCAACCUCAGCGUCUAUGCUGGCCAGCAGGUUUGAUGUGAGUGGCUACCCCACCAUCAAGAUCCUUAAGAAGGGGCAGGCUGUAGACUACGAGGGCUCCAGAACCCAGAAAGAAAUUGUUGCCAAGGUCCGAGAAGUCUCCCAGCCCGACUGGACGCCUCCACCAGAAGUCACGCUUGUGUUGACCAAAGAGAACUUUGAUGAAGUUGUGAAUGAUGCAGAUAUCAUUCUGGUGGAGUUCUAUGCCCCAUGGUGUGGACACUGCAAGAAACUUGCCCCCGAGUAUGAGAAGGCCGCCAAGGAGCUCAGCAAGCGUUCUCCUCCAAUUCCCCUGGCAAAGGUCGACGCCACCGCAGAAACAGACCUGGCGAAGAGGUUCGAUGUCUCUGGCUAUCCCACCCUGAAAAUUUUCCGCAAAGGAAGGCCUUUUGACUACAACGGCCCACGAGAAAAAUACGGAAUCGUUGACUACAUGAUCGAGCAGUCCGGGCCUCCCUCCAGGGAGAUUCUGACCCUGAAGCAGGUCCAGGAGUUCCUGAAGGAUGGAGAUGAUGUCAUCAUCCUCGGGGUCUUUGAGGGGGAGAGCGACCCAGCCUACCAGCAAUACCAGGAUGCCGCUAACAACCUGAGAGAAGAUUACAAAUUUCACCACACUUUCAGCAUAGAAAUAGCAAAGUUCUUGAAAGUCUCCCAGGGGCAGUUGGUUGUAAUGCAGCCUGAGAAAUUCCAGUCCAAGUAUGAGCCCCGGAGCCACGUGAUGGACGUCCAGCAGGGCUCCACCCAGGACUCGGCCAUCAAGGACUUCGUGCUGAAGUACGCCCUGCCCCUGGUUGGCCACCGCAAGGCGUCAAACGACGCUAAGCGCUACACCAGGCGCCCCCUGGUGGUCGUCUACUACAGUGUGGACUUCAGCUUUGAUUACAGAGCUGCGACUCAGUUUUGGCGGAGCAAAGUCCUAGAGGUGGCCAAGGACUUCCCUGAGUACACCUUUGCCAUUGCGGACGAAGAGGACUAUGCUGGGGAGGUGAAGGACCUGGGGCUCAGCGAGAGUGGGGAGGAUGUCAAUGCCGCCAUCCUGGACGAGAGUGGGAAGAAGUUCGCCAUGGAGCCGGAGGAGUUUGACUCCGACACCCUCCGCGAGUUUGUCACUGCCUUCAAAAAAGGAAAACUAAAGCCAGUCAUCAAAUCCCAGCCAGUGCCCAAGAACAACAAGGGACCUGUCAAGGUCGUGGUGGGAAAGACCUUCGACUCCAUUGUGAUGGACCCCAAGAAGGACGUCCUCAUCGAGUUCUACGCGCCAUGGUGCGGGCACUGCAAGCAGCUAGAGCCUGUGUACAACAGCCUGGCCAAGAAGUACAAGGGCCAAAAGGGCCUGGUCAUCGCCAAGAUGGACGCCACUGCCAACGACGUCCCUAGCGACCGCUAUAAGGUGGAGGGCUUCCCCACCAUCUACUUCGCCCCCAGUGGGGACAAAAAGAACCCAGUUAAAUUUGAGGGUGGAGACAGAGAUCUGGAGCAUUUGAGCAAGUUUAUAGAAGAACAUGCCACAAAACUGAGCAGGACCAAGGAAGAGCUUUGAAGGCCUGAGGUCUGCGGAGGGUGGGAGGAGGCAGACGCCCGGCGUGGCCCGUGGUCGGGGUGUCCAUGCCGAGGCCGGCAACAAACGGCAGUAUCUCGGAUUCCAUUUUUUUUUUUUUUUUUAAUUUUUUAUACUUCGGUGUUUCACCUCAUGCUCUGAAUAUUGAAUAACCAUGAAUGACUGAAUAGUUUAGCCCAGAUUUUUACAGAGGAUACAUCUAUUUUUAUCAUUAUUUGGGGUUUGAAAAAAAUUUUUUUACACCUUCUAAUUUCUUUAUUUCUCAAAGCAGAUGAUUCUUCCGUGUGAAAAUGUUUUCCUUUUUAAUUUAAUGUUUAAAAUUCCUUUGCCAAAUCAUAUUGAUUUUGCUCUUUGCUUUUUUUUGUUGUCUGAGAAAUUGUUGGCGUAGAUGUGACUUCUGGUAUGUGUUUCUGAUUGCUUCCUGUUCGGCACAAAGUGAGAGCUGCCACUGAGCAACCCUGCCAGGGGUGCCGUUUCAGGCUGGGCAUCGCCAGGCGGCCUCCCUGCAAACCAAGGGCUGGGGGCAAAGGGGCAUGGUCCAAGGCCCCCCAGGGUGGACUCAGCUCCAGGGAGAGGCCACCCAUGUGGCAGCCCCACCUCUUGAGAGCCCCCAGUGCCGGAGCAGAAAGGACCCCAGACCCAGACGCAGAUACUGCAGGGUGGUAGAAAAGGUAGAGUAGGCUGUGGCAAUGGAAUAAAACACGAUUAAAAAUGAACGUUAAGAA